ACGCGCGCGAACACAGAGUGGGGAGGAACCAGAGCCGCUGUAUUCAGUUAGCAGCUCCUCGCAGGUGAGUUCACUUCUGUUUCUCUCAGAGCAACUUGUCAAGAACUUUCAGCGGAUAAGCAACUUUGACAGAGCCGAAUUAUCCGGAAGGAUACAUUUAUUCUUACUCACUGAAAACAUUCACUGCUGGGACAUUUUUGAGACGGAAAAAGAAGGACAAAAAGUAAACUCGUAUUUUUUAGGAGGAGUUUUCAACUCAUUCGUACCUGUCAGCCGCAUUAGCCGCUUGAGAAGUUGGGUAAAAGUGUAAAAAAGGGAAUGAGGUUUCACUGAGAAAGUGAGAGGAAAGUUUAUAGCAACUUUUGAAAAAGUUUAUUUUUCACGAAGUGGAGCUGAGGAACCGGGAGCAUGGCCACGGGAGGGUUUAAGCCCAACGCCACCACUGACUUUCUGGAGGAGUGGAAGGCAAAGAGGGAGAAAAUGAGAGCUAAGAUGUUGGGCGACAUCGCUGCAGCCACCGGGGCACCGCUGAACCCCAACAGCCGCAGCACACCCCCAGGCACCGCAGCAUCUGCUGCUCCUCCACCUCCACCUCCGGCCACCGAGCUUUCCAACAACGGCAACCCGGAGCGCAGCGCCUCCGCUGGCAACUGCGUGCUGCCGGGCUCCUACUCCGUGGCGCGCUCUUCCUCCGCUGCCUCUCUGCAGAAGGAGGAGGUUCAACACCCGGUCCCCGUGCCUACAUGCGCACCUGUAGCUGCAGCGACCCCUGUGUGCGGCCUGAAGAAGGACAGAGCUGUGUCACCCUGUGAGCCCAGCAGCCCAGUGGCCUGUAAUGACUCUGACAAAGACAGUCCAUCACCCGGGAAAGGCAAGGAGAAGAAGAGCAGCAGCGGCCCCAGUGCCAGGAAAGGCAAAGGUCAGAUAGAGAAGAGGAAGCUGAGGGAGAAGAGGAGGUCAACGGGGGUCGUCAGCAUGCCGUCCAAUGAGAGCUUGGAUGAGCUGGAUGACGAUGAACCCGGAGGAAAAGACAGGAAAGAAGAAGAAGAACUGGUCCAGGCCAACACCUUCCAGAACGAGGCCAUGAUCGCAGACCCCGUCACCGGCCACUUCAUGGAAACCCCACGAUGCACCAGCAGCAGCAGCAGACACAAGAGCUCUGCAGAGGAGGAGGUUUGUGGAAACAGCAGACAACGACAAAACCGUCAUGGCAGAGACAUAGGAGCUGCAGUGCAGGGCAGCCUGGAGAAGAGGAUGGAGGAGCUGGAGAAGGAACUGGCCAGAGAGCGUCAGGAGAACGCGCGGCUCAUGAAGGCCCAUCAGGACAAAGACGACCUCAUCGGGAAACUGAAGGAGGAAAUCGACUUACUGAACAGAGACCUGGACGACAUUGAAGAUGAGAACGAGCAGCUGAAACAGGAGAACAAGACUCUGCUGAAGGUGGUUGGUCAGCUGACCAGGAAGAACCGCCCUCCAAGACUCGGAACCAGCACAAAAUAAAGACCCAGAUCUUCCUCGCUGACCUUCCGCCUCGGGUCAAGUUUUCCACGGUAGCCUAGUUUCACCUGUUUGGUUCUGUCUCUGUGUUCGCUCAGACUUUUCAUGUUGGCAGAGUUUAUUUUAGGUGAUGAAAUACAUCAGUGUUGUCAUUUACUAAUACUUCACUCAGACAAGUAUGUACAAAUGAGGUAAAUUUGCAGCAAAUCCACAAACUCUUAAAAAAUGUAAUGUGCAACUCACCUCACCAUAAGAAAUGGAGGGAGCCAACUCGAAGUCCAGUCCAACAAAGAACCACUACAAAGCCUUUGAUUUGAAUCUAUUGGAAACACUAGAUAUCUGCUCAUUUAUGAAGUAUUUUGUACAUAUUUCGGAGUAUUCCAUGGUGUUAGUCUCAUGAUUGAGGUUUGCUGUUGUUCUUGUUCAUUUGCUGUAGUGGAAACGAGAAAAAGUAAUGUGUUCCUUGGUGUUUGAUGGUUCGCAGAGUUGACGCAGUUUGUGAUUGACAGCUUUGAUUGACCAAUGAGAGCUUCGUUUGGAAGAUCCAUCACAAUCAAAAAAGCUCUCAGUUGUUGUUUGAAACGGCCCUCCUACUUUGCCUCCAGUUGGUUGUUGGUUUGUUUACUGCGUACGGCCCAGUAUGUUCAUGGGUGUAGUAUUCCUAGGGAAACCGCGUGAAAAAGCUUUCUACGACAGGAGUUUGCCUUAGACUUUGGAAGUAAGUAAAACGUCAGAUAUUCAGUAUCAUAACCACAAGUCUUCACUGUUAAAACCCAGGUUCUGCUGAUAGUACUGUCUGUCAACAUGUACAUAUUCAAUGUACAUUCUUGUAUAUAUCCCAGUUCUAUGAGAUCUUUGCAGGUGAAAAACAAAGGUUUAGCAAUUCAGACGAUGUGUUGUUUCUUUAAAAUCAUUUAAAAGUUGAGGCUAAAGCUACAUUAGCUAAAGAGGGAGAAGUGCCUUGAAAAUAAAUGUUAGGUUUUUAACAGAUCCUUUAGAAUAAUGAAAUGUAUCAAACCUGGUUCAUGGAUGAUGACAUUGGUGUCAGAUUCUUAGAAAGUGUUCAUGCUUUUAAAGCAGCGUUGUGUAUAUGCUGAUGAUUCUCCAAAAGUUUGGUCAGUGUCCGUUGGUCUUUACACUCUUUGGGAACAGAUCUGAUUACGAACUACUUGACGUCUCUUUGAAGAGCUGGAAAAAAAAAACAACUUUUUGUGUCAUUUCUGCCUGACGGAGGACCAAGAUGCAUGUCCUGGAUCUUUAUGGGUUCUUCUUCUGAAUAGACUGACCGAAAGUCAAGGAUUCUUGGAGAAAACAUUUUGAUGCCUGUAAGAGCUUGGCUACCUUCGUUAAAUGCUAUGUAGACAGGACUACUUUGAGUUGUCCGCAAAUAUAUAUAUAUAUAUAUCCCUUGUUACGAUGAGGUCAUUUAUGAAGAAGAAACUCAUUUUGCGACUUUGGAAGUCCCUACGUCAGUGCGAUGUUACUGUUGUGUUUCUUUGUUGCCUCGUUUCACCACAGGGAGGAAAAACGUUUAACACUUGACCACAAAUCCUAUAUAAACGUACAGGUUUCACCAGGAGGUCAUGAAUUCAGGCGACAGUGCUUUGAAUGUAGUAAGAAAUUUGAUUUCAUCUCCAAAUGUUGGCCACUGCAGCUUUAAAUCUCCCUCGUGACGUCACAGAAUUUUUUUUUUUUUUUCCGUUAGAAUCAAGUUGACACAUGCAGAAUAUGGUUUAAGUUGAUGUUGUUUUUGUGUUUUAGUGCUAGCUUCAAAGUAUUCUUGUGUGGUAGGGUGAAACCCUGGUGUAGUAUCAAACUGUCAGCAGCAGGUGGACAUUUCUCUGGUUCUUGUUUACAGGUUUGUUAGGUUUGAUAGUUUGCCGCCGCGCCGCCUGUGGCAUCAAAGAUGUUCAGAGUGGGCUGCGAGUGUUAGUGUAAAGAAAACCAAAAGAAUUGAAGGAAUCGUAAAAAAAUAAAAAAAUAAAAAACGCUUUUUUGUUUACUUAAUGGAAGGGAGUUGUUUGGUAGAGGUGAUUUAUUUUAUAUUUUAGUCAUUUUUAUUUCACUGAAGAGCUGCUCGCUGAGCUCCUGCACCGUGUGGCGCAUAAUCCUUGGGUUUUAAUGCAGCCGUAGGAGAACUGUGCUUCACAAACACAUGAAUAAAAAUUGAACCUGUCAAAAACACACCACCUCUGACUCUAUACUCUCCCUCUCUCUCUCUCUUUCUCCCUCUGUCUCUCUGUCUUAUCAUUACAUAAUGCAAGUACAGAAGAUUAAGUCAUUUAAUAAAAGUUUGAUUAUCUCUCCCCUCA